AUUAUUAUUAUUAUUAUUAUUAUUAUUAUUAUUAUUAUUAUUUACUACCGUUGACGGCAAAUAAAAUAACGACUAUUGAUAAUAAUGAUAAUGAUAAUGAUGAUGAUGAUGAUGAUGAUGAUGAUGAUGAUGAUGAUGAUAAUGAUAAUAAUAAUUUACGAUUGCGUUCGUCUCGGGCUACCCUCACCACAAUCAACCCUCGUAAGAGAGCCUUGCCGGCCUUUUUCGAUCGCGAACGAGCCGCUGAUAACAGCUGAUAGUUGUGGCAGUUUUUUGCCAGGGGAACCACAGCAAAUGAGCAGAUAAGUAAAAGCACUCCCGAAGUAUGAGUAGCGGAGCGUGUGCAGAGCCAUAUCAGCCGAAUCAAAUCGUUUCGUAUCGAUCCACGUUCUCUCAUCACACGCGUAUGUAGAUACAUACACACACACACACACACACACACACAUACAUUGUUGAUGCAUAGCACGUUGAUUCGAAUCAACUUUGUUACUUGAAAAAGUGAUGAGACGAGAAGGCGAGAGCAAGGUAAAGGUAUCUUUCGUUUUUCCACCAUCUUGGGAAUCGCGGCAAAAUAAAUUCAAACAUUUUCAACGUUUCGUAUAGGUUUACGUAAUCGUGAUGCGUGAUUCGAUGUGUAUCUUGGCAUUUCGUAGAGAGGAUCAUCGAAAACCCGUUUCUUUCCGUGUAUAUGUGCGCGUGUGCGUGCGAAAGGUGAGUCGUAUUAACAGUAUUAGCUGCCGUUCACCAUUUUCGUUCACGUAUCACGUGUUAGGUUUUACGUGCAGACAUCAGCAUUUCGAUGCUUUUACGUUUUUACGGUUUUAUUACGACGCGCUGGACCGAAAGAGGACAAAUAACCGACUCAAGCAUGUGUCUAAAAGAGAACAACGUUCCCGAGACGAAUGUCUCAGCAGCGACGAACGAUGCGGCGAACAACGAACAAAACAGCUACAUGUUUUGGAUCCUGAUGGAUUGCUUCCUGUUCGUUGCGAUCGUUUUGGGAAACGUUCUCACGAUAUUGGCCAUCGCGUGGGCUCGCAGACUCCGCAACGUCGUAUCGAAUUACUUUAUCCUAAACUUAGCCGUGUCGGAUCUCAUGGUUGGCGUGACGCUUCCGUAUCAUUUGGCGUUUUACGUGGACAGCACGUUACACCACAACAAGUCGGUAUGCAUCUCGCGCUUCGUAAUGUUCAGCUUAGCGUGCGGCGGGAGCAUAUACAAUCUGAUAGCGAUCGCCAUAGACCGAUACGUCGCUAUCGUACAUCCGUUGAGCUAUAACGCGUACGCGACUAAGAGACGCGUCCUGCUGAUCAUAGCCGUCGCUUGGAUAUGCACCAUGGCUGUGUCAUCGAUUCCGAUAUAUUGGAAUUGCUUCGAUACUUCGCAGACGUGCGAAUUGGAAACGGUAUUGCCGAGAUACUACAUAGUGGCUAUACAGAUGCCGACAUUUUUUCUCAGUUGGAUAGCGAUGUUUCUGCUAUAUUGGAAAAUUUGGAGAGUAGCACACAUGCACGCGCGUCGCAUGAACCUCAGUAUCGUUCCAAAUAUCGCUGAGAAAAAUGAUCGCAAAAGCGUACAGGUGGUGCUACUGAUAUUGGGCUGCUUUUCAAUCUGCUGGUUCCCUUAUUUCGUCGUGGCGUGCAUGCGAACAUUCGGUUGGAGAACAGACUCGAUGACGAUAUGGUACAAAUCUACGUUCGCAUUGGCCAUCGCAAACAGCGGGAUGAAUCCCUUCAUAUACGCGUGGAAAAAUACCAACUUUCGCAAGGCCUUUCAAAAGAUUUUACAUCUUAAAUCGCCCAAUGACAAUUUCAAUUCGAGCUUCAAAAUGUACUUGGAAAAACAACGUGAACUAAAAGACCAGGCAGACGUACAAGAUGGUCAUCGUACAAAUGGAAACAACAAUUUCUCGCUUGGAUGUUUAUCCGUUCUCCAAUCUGAUUACACGGAAGAAAAUAGAACUGGACCACCGCGUACUACGUAAUAAUGUACCUACAGAACGAAACGCUAUUUUAUAAAUCUCAUUUAUGUGCAACUAAAUAUUAUCUAAUAGAAUGAAAAGUUGUAAAUUA